UGAACACAAACGAACACAAACAAGAAGAAGAGGGUGAAUGACCUAGCACACUGAUUGGUAACACACUGCACGUCCUUAGCUUUUCAGUUACUUCUCUCACGGCACCAUGAAGACCAGGCUGCUCCUUUUAAGUUUGAUAGUGGUUGCCCAGGCGAUUGAAGAGUCGUGCAUGGGUCGCUGUGAGAAGGGCUUUGACUCUCUAAGGGACUGUCAGUGUGACACUAUGUGUAAAUACUACAAGAGCUGCUGCUCUGACUAUGAGCCCACCUGCGGCAUGAUUACGCGCGGGGACACUUUCUUCAUCGCCGAGGACGACGACGACUAUUCCUUCGGCGAGGGCCCUCCCGCGGGGAGUCCGUCCCCCGAGGCUGCCCGAGAUGUGGUGGAUGCAGUCGGCGACACAUCCCCUCGGGGGUCUCCGUCGACAGAGGACGCCCCGAUCCCACGUCUUUCUCCGACCGGACGUCCUGCUCCGAGCCGGCGCCCCGCUCCGACCGGACGUCCCUUUGGGACCAGACGCCCCAUUCCCGCGAGGCGCCCUGUUCCAACGGCAGUAGACCCGGGGGCUGACAUCGUCACAACAGUGGCCCCCCCCACGCCGGCGCACACCACUCAGGCGGCCACCACGCCGGAGCCUGACCCCGAUGCUGAGGUCUGCAGCGGGAGGCCCUUCGACUCCUUUACACAGCUUAAGAACGGCUCCAUCUAUGCAUUCAGAGGGGAGUAUUUCUUUGAACUGGACCAGAAAGCAGUACUGCCUGGCUAUCCCAAACUGAUCAAGGACGUGUGGGGCAUCAGUGGUCCUAUAGAUGCUGCAUUCACACGGGUCAACUGUCAGGGCAAGACGUACAUGUUCAGGGGACGCCAGUACUGGAGGUUUGAAGACGGCGUGCUGGACGAAGGCUAUCCUAGAGAGAUAAGUGUCGGGUUUGACAAGAUCCCCGAUUAUGUGGACGCGGCCUUCGCUCUCCCCUCCCCCGCUCACCAUGAGAAGGAGAAGGUCUUCUUCUUCAGAGGGGACGAGUAUUUUGUGCACGAGUUUGUGCACGAGCCCUCGCACGAGGAGUGCGUGGCCAUGUCCAGUAGCUCUCCCUCCACGCAAUUCAGACGCUACACGGACAUGUACCGCCAUUACUACGACAUCUUCUCCAGCGGGACCUUUUCUGACGGUCUCCACCACCACGGCGGUCAUCAUUUCAUCAACAAGGACUGGAAGGGAGUCAAGUCCCCGUUGGACGCGGUGCUGACGGGAAGGAUCUACGUGAGCAACCAGAGGGUCACCCGGCCCCCCAGCGUAUCCAGGCAGGACCGGGACCAACAGCGACGCUACGACCAGCAGUACGGCCAGCAGCAGAACCAGCAGUACGGCCAGCAGUACGGCCAGCAGUACGGCCAGCAGUACGGCCAGCAGUACGGCCAGCAGUACGGCCAGCAGUGGGGGCGGCGUCGGCAGAGCCGCUCGCCCCAAUGGGGCACCAUGGCGGCGCAGGGGAUGGACAUGGGGCAGAGGUUCGCCGAGAGGGGGAUGGAGAUGGUGAGAAGACCAGGGUAUGCCUGGGAUGAACGUCGCGAUCAAGAGCGUCGCGAUCUGGACGAAUACCGCCGAGAACAACUCAACAACGGAAACCACGACCCAAGAUCCCAGGCCGCCAGGGACGACAGGGCCUACCGGGAGCUAAUGCGCCAGAGCCUCCCGCUGCAGAACGUCUACUUCUUUAAGGGGGAUAAAUACUACAGAGUGGACCUGAAGACCAAGAGAGUGGACCCCGCCAACCCUCCCUAUCCCCGGUCCAUCGCCAAGUACUGGCUUGGCUGCUCGGACCCGACCGGCGAAGAGAAAUAAGAGGUGCUCCUGUUCUUCCAGAACACAAACAUGGACGAGGGAAACUGACAAUCUGUUUGAUUUGUGUUUAUUGAUUUUACCCAUUUAUCUCUGGUACGCCGUUGUAAACUAACCAAAUGUUAAGAAGACCAUUGUUAACCCCUUUUUUGUGUAUAACCCUUCGAUUGAAGGUUUGGUUGAUGUUUUAUUUUCUAUAGCAGCUCUUGACUGGUCUCCUAAUGUGAAAGUACUACGGAAUUUUGCAAAUGUUGUCAUUUUGAUAUACAAACGAUAAGUGUAUUAAUAUAUUCUUCUGAAUAAAUACAAAUCACUGUUGUGAAUU